AUGCAAGUAUUAAUUAUCUCAUCUAGCAAAAUACUUGGCAUAUAUAAAGAUGUAUUUAACAAUGAUAUCUUUGAAUCAAUUUCUGAUUAUACAUAUGCUAAAAACAACUCUGCGAAGCUUGUACGCUUUAGUGCAGAGUUACUAAAAGAAGUAAUAUCAAAGCCAGAAUUAAAAAUCAAAACUUGGCAUGUUAUGCCUAGACCAAGCAAUAACAUGCUGUUUGUGCCGCUAAGCGGUGCUCAUGCAAUGCAUGGUGUCCUCGAGAGAUGUUUCAACGCUGGCCUAAAAAUUUCCCAACAAGUAUAUACUGAGGAGUAUAGCUUUGAAGAGAGAAGGUUGUGUGCUUUACUAACAGUAGCAGUUACACAGUAUAUUCCGGCAUUGAUGGGACCAACAAGCUUUGAGGACCACUACGGAGACGUUGUUUGGAAAAACCACUUGUGGGAAACACUGUUCAACUUGGACCACAUACAGAAGAAGAGAAGCAGCGCCAGCCAAGGAAGCCAACCAUGUGCCAGGUUGAAUUACGGAUGGAAAACCGAUGGGCACAUAGUGAUAAUUUUGUUCAUAAAGAAAGCCAUAGAACAAAUUCCGCAAGACGACAGCGAAAUGAACUUUAUGAAAAGAAAGGUUAAUCUAACCAUCUGGCGUAAAGGACUAUAUCCUUUGAAGAAAGAGCCUACGGGCAUCAUGCUGAACGAUAGAAUAAUUGGCCAGAACCCAGGCCUUAGAGACAUAUUUGCUGCGACGGAUUGCUCAGCUUCUGAAAUUGUAGAUAAGGAUACAGUUAAAGAAAAAACUACAAAGUUCAGCAAUGCCGAAUACAAGAUGCGCUCGGGCUUUGAGUGUGAGAUUCCUACAGUGGGCUCUGUCAAUAGUAAUGAACUCCUGAAGUACUUGAGGGUGAUCGGUAGAAACCGAGAAAAGAUUUUUGAUUUUAUGAAAGGUUAUCGUCAUCGUGAGACGAAGGCAUACCUUGUUCAGAAUAGAAAAGCCACAGACAACCAUAUGUGUGAUCUCGUAUUAGGUCAAACUGCCGCUGGUGCUCCUUACACCCUUGCCCACAGAACAAGCUCAAAGAAACGAAGAAAAGCAAAGAAUAUGUUCAAAAAGGCAAGCGGAAUAGUUGCAAAAGAAACAAAGCGAACAGUAAUCGCUUAUGGUGAUGCAAGCUUGACUGGAACAAAAGCAGGGUAUACCCUCAUCCCUGUGAAGAAGGUUCAAAGGGCAUUGGCCCAGAGGGCAUUAGUAAUUCCUGUUGAUGAGUUCAGGACAAGUGUGAAUUGUUCAAAAUGCCACCGACGUCUCGAGAACAAAUAUGAAAGACAAAAGCUUGUUUGCAAUCACAAGAAAAAGAAAGUUCGUCUGAGAGGAGAAAAAAAAAUGCUUCUCUACGAUGUUUGGACGAUGACAAGAGGAUUGUUUGUCGUACAUCGGAGUGCCCACAAAGAGAACCCAGCAGUAAGCUAUCCUCCGGUCAUGUAUCAGUUGAAGCAUUGUCACUUGUGCCCAGCUGUAAAUGACCGUGAUAUCGUAUGGCAAAGGGAUGUAAAUGCUGCUUUGAAUAUUCGCUCUAUCCUGAUGUCUUAUAUAGAGUCAAACUAUAGCAUUUUAUCAAGACAUCCCUCUUUAAAAAGAGAACCAACCUCUGGUGGUUAUCAAGCUACUUCACAGCCACUUUGA